AUGAAUAAUGAUUUUCCUACACCAACAUUAUUUGAAACCUCUUUGUCAACUCCCAAAAUUUUUCUAUUGAGUAUUAUCAUGAAUCCAUCAAGUUUCAUACUUGUUUUAUUUUCCAUUACAUUGGCCGUGGCUCUCGCUAGACGUUUCUUAAGAUCCAAGAAACCAAAAGAUCAACAGCUUCCUCCAGGUCCAUUGGGAUGGCCAAUCAUUGGGAACAUGGUCCAAAUGAUCAUGAACCGGCCGGCUCACUUGUGGAUCCACCGCGUCAUGGAAGAACUACAAACGGAGAUAGCAUGCUUCCGCUUUGCUAGUUUCCAUGUCAUCACCAUAACCUCAAGCAAGAUUGCCCGUGAAAUGCUAAGGGAAAAAGACGAGGUUCUCGCUGACAGGUCGGAGUCAUACGCGAGCCAUCUCAUAAGCCAUGGCUAUAAGAACAUCUCUUUCUCUUCCUAUGGAGAGAACUGGAAGCUGAUGAAGAAAGUGACGACUACCAAACUUAUGUCUCAAACAACAUUGAGCAAAACACUCGGUUAUAGAAACCUAGAAGCUGACAAUAUCGUCACAUAUGUCUACAAUCUAUGCAAACUAGGGUCAGGAAGAAACCUGAUCAACGUGAGGGAUACAAUCUUAACAUAUUGCCAUGCCACGAUGAUGAGGAUGAUGUUUGGCCAGAGGCAUUUUGAUGAAGCGGCAGAGGAUGGUGGUCUUGGUCCGAAAGAGAAAGAGCAUAUGGACGCAAUAUACUUAGCUCUUGACUGUUUUUUCAGCUUUAACUUAACGAACUACAUCCCUUUUCUUAGAGGAUGGAACGUAGAUAAAGAGGAGGCAGAAGUAAGAGAAGCGGUUCAUAUAAUCAACAAAUGUAACGACCCGAUCAUCGAAGAGAGAAUACAUCUAUGGAGGAAGAAAGGCGGAAAAGAUAUGGAAGAAGACUGGCUCGAUAUCCUCAUCACGUUGAAAGAUGAUCAAGGAAUGCCUUUGUUCACAUUUGAUGAGAUUAGGGCUCAAUGCAAGGAGAUCAACAUUGCUACAAUUGACAAUACGAUGAAUAACGUGGAGUGGACGUUAGCGGAGAUGUUGAAUCAUCCAGAGAUUUUUGAGAAAGCCACAAAUGAAUUGGACAUGAUAGUUGGUAAAGACAGACUUGUGCAAGAAUCAGACAUACCAAAACUCAACUACAUCAAAGCUUGUAGCAGAGAAUCUUUUAGGCUUCACCCAGCUAAUGUGUUCAUGCCUCAUCAUGUAGCUAGAGAAGAUACUACUCUCGCUGGUUAUUUUGUCCCCAAAGGUGGUCAAAUUCUUGUGAGCCGUUUGGGACUUGGUCGGAAUCCUAAAAUAUGGGACGAGCCAAACACGUUCAAGCCAGAGAGACACCUCGAUGGCCAUGUUGAAAACUCACUAGGUGUGAAUCUGAUGGAGCAGGACAUGAGGUUCGUUACAUUCGGCACCGGUAGGCGUAGCUGCCCCGGGACUAAGGUCGGGGCAUCUAUGACCAUCAUGUUGUUAGCCAGGCUUCUCCAAGGGUUCGAAUGGUCUCUCCCUCAUGGUAAAAGUCAUGUAGAGCUCAUUUCGGCUGAGAGCAACUUGUUCAUGGCCAAGUCUCUACUCGCAUGCGCCAAACCUAGGUUGGCUCCAAGUUUAUAUCCGAAGAUUCAGACUUAA